AUGACAAUAAACAACGUACGCUCGUACAUUUUCGCAGGAGAUGAAGUAGCACCGAAGGAAAGAGCUAUUGUCCACGAGGAGACCCCUGUGACGACUGACGAACACCUGCACCCUUGGUCGUCGAAGAUUCCAAAGGGUAUUUUCGUAACUGUAUUGGCAUUAUUGUUAAUUAGCGUGAAAAGCGACGUACGAGCCGGUACCCUUGCCCUUAUAAAAUUCCUUCUUCCCAUUUUCCAUCUCGGCGUCGUCGCGCAUUUAGCGUUUCUCUUAAGCUUCUCUCUCUCUCUCUUUCAAAUUUUGGUUCUCUCCGCUCUCCGUUUCUUCGCGGUUUCCUUCUCUCUCUCGCGUGUAUUUUCUUCAGAGGACGAGCUGCGUGAUGCUGUGUUGCUUGUGUUUGCCAACAAGCAAGAUCUUCCUAAUGCGAUGAACGCUGCUGAAAUCACAGAUAAGCUUGGCCUUCACUCCCUGCGUCAGCGUCACUGGCGUGAUGAAGUUAAAAGUACAUUGCAUCGAGAUGGUUUUGCCUGCAGUGAGUUUGGGAAAAUUUCUGGAUGCAAGAGAGAAGAUUAUAAAUAG